AUGGCGGCCCACGCGAGGCGGCCCCCGGCAGCGCUGAGCCCGCCCUGCCCGCCGCCGGCGCUGCCCGUUCGCCUGAGCGCGAGGCCCUCGAGAACGCCGUUGGGAGUUCUGGGAUUGGGCCGUGGAUCGGCCCGCGGGUUGUCGCGACCCCUCCCGGGCGGGUUGGUGGUUCAGGGGCAAUGGCGGCGCGGGGCCUCCAGCCAGAGCGGCGGGGCGCCCGGCAGCGGGGACGCGAACGAGAACGCGGGAGAGCUGGACUUCCUGUCCAUCAUCGGCGCCCUGGGCAUGUGGCUGGCGUACGGCGCGAGCAUCUACUGGACAGUGCUGAGGCCCGAUGCGCCUGGGGACCCCCUGUGGGAAACUUCGCCGCGGGACGUCCAGGCAUUCAUCAACGAGGCUAUCAGCGUCUGGUACAUUAACCCCAUUCUUGCACAUUUUGGGUGGUCCAUUCUUCCGGAUGCACCUGAACAUCCCGUUGCAGAGGCACUGUUCAGCACAGUGAUGGCGUUUGAUGUCUUGCUGCUUCCACUCAUCGCGGGAGACCCCAGGGGCAAAAAUGUGGAACAGAGGAACGCCUUGAUGAUCGGCAGCUUGUUUGGGUUGAAUCUGGUUGUGAUGCCAUACAUGGCGCUUAGACUUCAACAACCAUCGACAGGCGUCCAGAAACUAGACUUACCAGGGUGGGCGCCUGCUGCUGGCUAUUUCGGUCUCGCCAUGGCCGGUAUGACGCUGUUCUGGAUCCUGUUCGCACGGCCUGAAUAUGGUGGCUUGAUGGACCGGGUCGCCUUUGCGCAGCAAGCCUUCACCGGCAACAGAGUGUUCUACGCCCUGUGCACUGAUUGCAUGUUCUUUGCCAUCUUCCAAGCCAUCCUCAUGAAGGGCGCCCCUUUGCGCCUGCGCCUGAUUCCCUUCAUCGGUGCAGCCCUCUGGCUUGCGUUUCCCAACGCCUGGGAGGAGAGCAAUGACUGA